AUGAGCUUCUGUCUCGACGACCACCAACGACAUCACCCCAACCACCUCCACCUCAACUUGAUGAAACUCCUCCGCAGAGCCCCGCUUACCGCUCCAACCCAUGACCCGAAGUCCGAUCUACUGAUCGAUAUGGCAUAUACGUUUCGUCGUGCUGGGGAACGAUUGAGAUUUAUCGCGAAGAUGAACUGCUGGGCGCGGAACCAGGCUGACGGCAAGGCCGCCGAUACGGGCGCCCUCGGGAGAUGCCAUCUGCUGGAGCUGCCCACGGAGCUGGUCUUGGAGAUCAUCUCCCAUCUAUCCGUGCUGCCCGAGGCGUGUCUGGCGUUGACUUGUCGGCGGCUCUAUUCGAUAUGCGCACCUAUCCUGGAGGCGAAACCCCUCCAUUUCAGUCGAGACUUUGCACCGCUUUUUCACCACUACCGAAACGGACACAACUUUGUUACCCCACGUUGGCAAUUCAUUAACCUGUUAGAGGACGGCAGAUGGAAAGCCUGCUCGAAAUGCUUAAAACUCCACCCGCGGAAUUCAUUUCCCCCGAGAGAGCUGAGACGCAAGGCGGAGGACAGGUCGUGUAACCUGGGAAGUUCUGCAGGCAUCGUGGACUUGUGUCCCUGCAAGAAAUUGACCUUCCAGGACAAGAUGGAGCUGGCGGAUCUUCUGAAGGUGCGACGGAAAUCGGUCGCCGCGUUGACGGUGCAGUUCGGGGAGGGGGUUAAGAAGCAACGCUUCUGCUGGCAUACCUGCACCGAGGACUAUGGAUCGACGCAGCUGAAGAUUGAGAUCUACCCGGAGUUGGACGAGGAGGAUCAGUUGAAGAUCAAGACUGAGUACCACCUGAGUACGGGGUCCGGCCAACUCGGCAGAGAAGAGCACAUGACGCCUCGGUUUGGGUGUGCCCAUCGAUCAAUUGACCUAUGGCUGGCGAGCGUUUGCCAGACCACCAUCUGUCGGCUCUAUGACAAUCACUGUGCCUCCUGCAAGCGAAUAUCCAUCUGCAAUACGUGCAACGCCACGCUGAAAUGUCCUCGCAAGCAGCCUUGUCGGCUGGACGAAGCGACGGGCCAGGCAACGUAUCAAUUCUGGACGGAGAGGUGCCUGGGAGGCUCGGGACCCGUCCCGGAUCAGGCGUGGGCAGUGCAACGGAUCCAUCCUGCGGAGAACCUGAUCGAUGUCGCCAAUUGCAGUGAGCUCUGCCCGUGGACGAUUCGAGAGCACCCGCCCCCGGAAGAGCCGCCGACAUUGGGGAUGGGCAUCCUUGAUCCUGCGAUGCAAGAUCAGUCGAUGAAUCAGUUACCGCAGUGGAUUCAUGAGCAUUGUCUGCGUCCUGGGGCGAUGAGCUACCCACCACCCCAUAACGGCCAAUAUCCUCCGCAGUACAUGCAGCAACCCCCCAAUCUGCCGCUUCACCAGCAGACCAUCCACCCGCAGCAGCUACUGUACAACAGCAAUGUCGACCCUAGUGGCUCACCAUAUCAAUAUGGGAAGCCCGUCGUCUAUCCCCAGGUCAUGAUUCCCACCUAUCCUGCCUACUCGCAGUCCUACACCCCCCAGCAACAACAGCAGCCCCAGCCGCAGCCUCCCCCCCAGCAGCAGCAGCAGCAGCAGCAACAACCUCCUCCUCCCCAACAGCUGCCACAACAGCAAUAUGUGAAUCCGUCCGACCUCUUCCAACCCCCCCCUCUGCCUUCGACCUCGCCUCCCCAGUUCACCACCAAUAGCCCGUCUCAGUAUGCUGCGCAACCUGCGAUCUCCGUUGCAGGCAACAGCCGGUCCCCGGUUCUCCCUCCCUCCACCCCCGCCCCCUCAACGUACUACGCCGCUCCAAGCCCGAACCAAGGGAAUCAAGCCUAUAGCCAACCCACGCCUCCGACGCCUACCGUCCAGAUCUCAUCAGUGACCCCUACAGUUACCCCUGCAGUCACUCCCAAGCCCGUGGCUGCGAAGCCCGUCGCUGCCAAACCUCCCGCCGCUAAACCCGUCGCUCCCAAACCAGCUACCCCGAAGCCAGUGACCCCCAAACCUGUUGCCGCCAAACCAGUCGCCUCGAAGCCCGUGGUCUCAAAGCAAGUGGCGGCUAAGCCGGUGGCCGCCAAACCGAUCGCCGUCAAACCGGUCGUAGCAACCCCCCCGGCGCCCUCACCGAAACCCGUUCAGGUGCUAAUCCCAGCGCCUACCCCGGAAGUGCAACAGAAGCUGCAGCAGCGACAGUCCUCCAAGAAACAAGGGCCGCGACAAAAUGGCCAGCAUCCCCCGCAAAAACCGGCCAAGUCCCCGAUUGACUACCAGGUGCUGCUGCUGGCCAUGGCGGAUGAGUAUCUAAAUGCGGCUCAUAGCCACGGGACCAUGGUGGCCUUGCUGCGGAGGGAGAUGGAGAUGGACGAAUACUAUAAGCUGGUUGCGACGGGGCUGGGCUGCCUGGAGGCUGUCUUGAAGAACUGGAGAUUGCAACCCCGGGUUGAAGCCCUCGUGCGCCUACGAUACGCGCGAAUAUUAUUCGAAGAAACCGACAAUAACCUGGAAGCAGAGACAGCAUUAAGUAAAGGCAUUGACCUUUGCGAGCGAAACCGUAUGCUUGACCUGAAGUAUAGUAUGCAACAUCUGUUGGCACGAAUGUUGCACAAGACGAACCCCAAGGCUUCUCUGAAAAAUGUUGACAAAACGAUCCAGGAAGUCGAAGCUUACCGCCACUCUGCGUGGGAAUACGCGUUUCGUUUCCUCCGUGUCUCGCUUUCGCUGUCCUCGUCGGCGCACCAAGAUUCGGUGUCGGCACUGCAGCACCUUCACAAAAUUUCCAACAUGGCCAGCCGUAAUGGCGACAAGGCAGUUUCUGCGAUGUCCGCCAUUAUUGAAGCUCUCGCGCACCUCCAGCAAGGAUCCGGCUUCGACUCGAUUGAGCAAGCUCAGCGGGCGGUGGCGGUGGCACGAAGCCAUCAACUGAACGACGAGCUUCGUCACAUUCCCCAGCUGACGACACUGGUUCAGAUUGUCGACAUUUGCUGCAGCCUCCUGGACUACGACAUCAACCAGUCUUCACAGAAGCUUAAGGUCAUGCAGGACCUGAUGGAUGAAAGAUUGAAUGAUUCGAACUGGCGCAGCGACGGAUCGUUUUCUAUCCCCUUGAACGGCAAGUCGGCCGGGCCUUCUUCCAUAGAUACGGGGGACAUCCUUCAGGUUCAGAGCGGCACCUUACUGCUGAGUUUCAAUUGGUUGCCUCAGCACGAUCUCUAUGCGCUUUGCUACUUUCUCAGCUCCAUCACAUUGAGUUGCAAGAACUCGUAUGACGGACGCAAGGCAGAGAAGUUCCUGCAAGAGGGAACGCGCAUGUUGAAAGGAAGCUUCAAGGCACCGCAAGAGAUCACGGAGUCUGUGGUCAAUGCCAACAGGCGUGUUGAGUGGCGCAGGACACUCUACUGUAAUUUUCUUAUCCAGCAGGUCUUUCUCUCCUGCGGCCGCACGGACUGGGAUCUGGCCAUCAAGACGUUGAACGAACUUCAUCAAGAAGCGCAGGAGCUGGGUGAUAAUCUCUCAGAUACAAUCAGAUGCUUAAUGGAGUACGCUGCAGGGGCCAUCGCGCAAGCGACUGGCGAUCUGAAUGCUGCGCUCAACUCUUUCCGGUCCCCUCUCCUCUCCCUGUCCACCACCUUCAGCAAGACCGCGCGCAAUGACCCCCGUCGCGAUAUCUCCAUCCUGGCCGCUCUGAACACCGUCCUUAUCCUCCGCGAUCCCACACAUCCGUCCCAUUCCGACCUCCCCAGCCUCCUCAACUCUGUGGACUCCUUCUGCACCGGCAGCCCCAACAAAUACAUCCAAGCCGCCUACUACCUGGUAUGCGCCACCGUGCAGACCGAAUCCACCAUCCAAACCAAGCAGUACCUCCAGCAAGCUUUGCAGUCCGCGACCGCCAUCAGCAACAGCCAAAUCACCUGCAUGACCCUCACCUUCAUGAGCUGGAAAUACUUCCGCGGCGUCGUCGGCGAGCAGGCGGAGAAGAGCGCCCGAGCCGGUCGCGCCAUGGCCAAGAAAGCCAACGACCGCCUCUGGGUCAGCGUCACGGACGAAAUGCUCGCUGAGACCCUGGAACGUCAGGGGAAGAACGACGAGGCCCAAGGGGUCAGGGAAGAAGGCCAUCGCGUCAUGAUGGGUUUACCGCCGCCUUUGAAACGGCCCGUGUAA